AUAUCUCAAACGCACUACAAUCUUAAACCAAACAUGAAGUUCCUCAUCGUCUUCGUCGCCCUCUUCGCCCUGGCCGUGGCCAGCCCAGUUAACCCUGAUGCAGAUGCAGUUAUCGUGAGGCAGGAAGCUGAUGUUGGACCCGAAGGCUACACCGCUUAUUCGGAAACCUCGAACGGUAUCAAGGAGGAGAGCUCAGGUCAUCUUAUCAACCAAGGCACAGAGGACGAGGGUAUUGCUGUGCGCGGAAGCUUCAGCUACCCAGCUCCCGAUGGUUCAAUUAUCUCCCUCACCUACGUCGCCGAUGAGAACGGUUUCCAGCCUGAGGGAGCUCAUUUGCCCGUUGCCCCAGAAGUUUAAGAAACUUUAUAUU